CGGCUUUAUCGCGGCUGCUCAGUGAGCAACGAACUUUCGUACGCGCAACACGCAUCCAGUCCCGUGUUGUGUGCGUCGUUGGAAGAGGAACAGGAAAUCGAAAACAACCAAAAACAACACACACACAGAGUGCAAUUGCAAGGCGAGGAUCAGAUAACAAAAACAGGUAUAGUUUGUCGUUGAAGCUGGUACCCCCAUUUGCGGACUUGCAGACUUCAGGUUGUAGAAUGUUGUAGCCAGGAAUGAGUGCAGAAAACCUGAAACGAAAAGGGAAAGUGAUCGCACAGAAACCGGUGCCCCCGUUGAAUAAGAUACACCAGCAAAACCACUCAAAGAAACACACACUCUCCAAAAUGAACCCCGGUGGUAAGGGAUCCGGCCCGGAAGGGUUUCAAACGCAGCCGCUAAAUCAGCUACCAUACCCUGCCCAAUCACCGCCCUACCCGGGCCAGGUGCCGGUAGCAACGACCGGUGGUGGCUAUCCGCAUGCCACGACCAACGCACCAAACUAUGCGCAUCCACCACCGCCGCCACCGUACGAUGCCAACUCGAACGUAAUCCCACCGGCACAGACUGCAGCGACGACUUAUGUUCAAGUGGUAACGCGACCUCAGGUAGGGCCCGAUCCGGCCUCGAUGGUGUGUCCCUCCUGUACCAAGCACGUGAUCACCCGGCUGGACUAUGAAACCUCGACCAAAACGCACAUCGCGGCCGGUUUGCUCUGUUUGUUCAUCUGUUGGCCAUGCUUCUGGAUCCCGUACGUGAUCGAUUCGUGCAAGAACGCCAACCACUACUGCCCGAACUGCGGGGCGUACAUUGGCACAUACCGUGGCUAAGGCGUAGUCCCUAACCUCACCGACCAUGUGAAGAUAUACACACACACACACACACCCGCCAGUCAGACCGAUCACCACCCUCGAUCAAGAUGCGCGCACCGCGCCUACUACGUGUUGCCCAUGGUCACCAAAAAUUAUUAUUAUUAUGAUAAUCCCCAACGUGUACGUGUGCGAGACUAUUGUGAUGUAAUGAUCAUUCCCACCCUUUUUUGUUUCUUAAACCCGUCGUUCAGCAUGGGACGCAAAACGGCAGGGAAGCUGCUGUGAAAUGUGUGAAGGAAGAGGGAAUAUGCGGGAAGACGGUAAACAAAAUAGGAGAAAAAAGAAAGUGCCUGCAACAGAAAGCAUAUUUGUAAGAGAAGUAGAUAGGAUAAGGACCGCAAAAGAGAAAGAGAGAGGAGAGUAUGUGAAAAGUGAAAACGAUAGCUUUGUCAAGCCGACUGUUAUUACGUUUAUUAUUAUUAUGUAUUGAACAUUGUUUGUUGAUUUCGUCGUACGCUGAAAAUUGCAUAAUAAAUGUAUUUACAUUAUCAACACUUCAA